CAGAGAGGAGACCACACUGCUCAGAGGCGACUCCUGGAAGGCAAGGCUGGAAAAGAGGCAGUCUGACGGCAUUACUUAACAUUUCAAAUUCCAGAUACUAAAGAGACACAGAGACAGCUCUGCAUUUAUCUCAAGGUUCUAAAUGAGAAGAAACUUCAAGAAGUUGAUAGUUUGUGGAAAGAAUUUGAAACUCCAGAGAAAGCAAAUAAAAUAGUAAAGCUAAAACAUUUUGAGAAAUUUCAGGAUACAGCAGAAGCAUUAGCAGAACUGAAUUUAAGUGAUCUAACUCAAAUUCGUCACUACCACUGAGACAACAUUGAGUUAGCUUUUUUCACUAUAGGGCUGGUUUCUCCCAUGUGAUGAGAGGUGAGAAGUGGUUAAAUUGACCUCCCUGUGGAAACCAGCAGCAUAAUGCUGAAGCAGUUCAGUAAAAGCUGUUCUACAGGGACCGAGCAUUCACAGCUCUGAUGGAGGGCAAAAUCAAUAAGCAGCUGAAGAAGGUUCUGAAGAAAAUAGUAAAAGAAGCCCAUGAGCCUCUAGCUGUAGCUGAUGCUAAACUAGGAGGAGUCAUAAAGGAAAAGCUGAAUCUCAGUUGUAUCCAUAGUCCUGUUGUUAAUGAGCUUAUGAGGGGAAUCCGAUCACAGAUGGAUGGAUUGAUCCCUGGGGUAGAACCACGUGAAAUGGCAGCCAUGUGUCUUGGAUUGGCCCACAGCCUGUCUCGAUACAGAUUGAAGUUUAGCGCUGAUAAAGUGGAUACAAUGAUUGUUCAGGCAAUUUCCUUGUUAGAUGACUUAGAUAAAGAAUUAAACAACUACAUCAUGCGUUGUAGAGAGUGGUAUGGCUGGCAUUUCCCAGAAUUAGGAAAAAUUAUUUCAGAUAAUUUGACAUACUGCAAGUGUUUACAGAAAGUUGGUGAUAGGAAGAACUAUGCCUCCGCCACGCUUUCUGAAUUGUUGCCAGAGGAAGUUGAAGCUGAAGUAAAAGCAGCUGCAGAGAUAUCUAUGGGAACUGAGGUUUCUGAAGAAGAUAUUUGCAAUAUUCUACAUCUUUGCACCCAAGUGAUUGAAAUCUCUGAAUAUAGAACCCAGCUGUAUGAGUAUCUACAAAACCGAAUGAUGGCCAUUGCACCCAAUGUGACAGUCAUGGUUGGCGAGUUAGUUGGAGCACGGCUGAUUGCUCAUGCAGGUUCUCUUUUGAAUCUGGCCAAGCAUGCGGCUUCUACAGUUCAGAUUCUUGGAGCAGAAAAGGCACUUUUUAGAGCCCUCAAAUCUAGGCGGGAUACCCCUAAAUACGGUCUCAUUUAUCAUGCUUCCCUUGUAGGCCAGACAAGUCCCAAACACAAAGGAAAGAUUUCUCGAAUGCUGGCAGCCAAAACUGUUUUGGCUAUUCGUUAUGAUGCUUUCGGGGAGGAUUCCAGUUCUGCAAUGGGAGUUGAAAACAGAGCCAAAUUAGAGGCCAGAUUGAGAAGCUUGGAAGAUAGAGGGAUUAGAAAAAUAAGUGGAACAGGAAAGGCAUUAGCAAAAGCAGAAAAAUAUGAACACAAAAGUGAAGUGAAAACUUACGAUCCCUCCGGUGACUCAACACUUCCAACCUGUUCUAAAAAACGCAAAAUAGAACAUGUAGAUAAAGAGGAUGAAGUGAUUGAAAAGAAAGCAAAAAAAGCCAAAAUUAAAAUUAAAGUUGAGGAGGAGGAGGAGGAGGAGGAGGAAGACGAAAAAGUGCUAGUGGUAGAAGAGGAGACAUCUGUGAAGAAGAAAAAGAAAAAGGAUAAAAAGAAACACAUUAAGGAAGAACCAGUUUCUGAGGAAGAGCCAUGCACCAGCACAGCAGUUCCUAGCCCGGAGAAAAAGAAGAAAAAGAAAAAAAAGAAAGACAUGGAGGACUAACGGGAGGGAACUGCAGUUCUGUCUGCUGGACGUGCACUUAAGCACCAGAGCUGCUGGUGUGGGACCAGGGCAGGCUGGAGGGCACAUCAGCUCUGGUAACCUUGUUAUGUCUUCAUUUCUUAGUCUUUGAUAUACAAAUAAAACUAUUUUCUUUGUA